AUGUCCACUGCACAGAAAAAGAGAUCUAGAAGCGGGUGCUGGACGUGUCGGAAGCGACACCAGAAAUGCGAUGAGACAAAGCCUUCGUGUGCCAAUUGCCGCAUUCGCGGCGUCCAAUGUGGUGGCUACGAUGUGCGCCUCGCCGACUUUACUGCCCGGAAGGGCGGUUUUGACGGCCAGAUGGUAUCCAGGAUAAGGCGACUGGGCCGGCAUGAUGAGUCGAGGGACCGUAAAACGCCACGCAAAGAGGAGACCAAGUCCGAACUGCCGGCCGAGACAGACCCGAAACAAUACGAGCCAGAGGAACCGUCCAGUGACCGUGGCGGCACCUCGCCAACAUUUUCGGUUCUUUCUCUUGUAGGCGUGUCUCGGGAUGCAGACAUGUGCCCCGGAGGACCCUCAGUAACUGCAAAGGGCCCGAGCCCGCGAGUCUACAUGGCAGACAAGGGAGAUGCGGGGCAGCAAACUUGCGAUGCGGGAUCAUCCGCAUUCGGCUUUGAGAUGCACGGCGUUGCUGAGCACGACAGUCUUGGCAAGGAUGCUGAUGGCUCCCCUUCGGAACAUCUCCAAGAGGCGAGCAUUACUUCCGAUAUAUCACCACAGGCUUCCUACGAUACAGUGCUGUUUGACUCGGAAUCUCUGGCCUUUCAUAUCGAUGUGUCGUCGUUUUUCAGUCUCGAAGGGGCGCUCCCAACGGAAACUGCAGACGGCGACGCAUGUUUAGACUCAACCGCUCUGGACGCUUCCGAUCCAGCUGGCUCGGACGUUUCAGAAUUCCUAGCUACCGAUUCCCCCGCGGUAGAUGAAGAGUACCAGCCACUCUUUGAUAUAUUAAGCAAAUCUAGUUUACCGCAGACGCCUAGUGAUCCUUUCGAGCAGUAUUUAUUCGCUCACUAUCUUGGCACUCUGUCCUACCGUCUCUAUCCCGUCGCGAAGGCCCAGAACCCCUACCAUGCUGUCUAUGCUAGACUUGCUAUGCGAUCAGACCCGGUCCGAGACGCCAUCCUGUUCGCCUCAGCUUUGCACUUGUCGAAGCUCGGCCGGCUGCCGGUGUUUGCCGUACAGCCAUAUCGGGAGACUAUGAGAGAGUCGUUUCGUAAGGCCAUUGUCGCAGACGACGACGACGAGUCACUUGCCGCAACUAUCAUUCUGACAAUCGUAUUUGAUUCAAUUGGCACCGGCCUUGAGUCUUGGGGCACAAACCUUGUUGGAUGCCGCCGAUUGUUGCAACGAGUAUUGUCCUCGAGCAAAGCCUUUAGACCCGAACUCGAAUGCAUGAUCAUGCUGUACAACUGGGCAGCUAUUAUGAGCCAGACCAUUGUGAAGGAUAUCCAAUCGCCCGAUGUGCUCGAACAGCUAGUCUGCAUCAACGAUGUCACUGUAGCAAGUCCAGAUCCGUGCGGGGCCCUCCAAACGGUCGAGGGCGCGAAUGGCCAGUCGCAAUGGUGGCAUAACCUACCGGACUACCAGAUGUAUGUACUUUUGCGGGAGGCAACGGAGUUGUCGAGAACACUGGACCGGUUGCGAAGCGAACCCAACCAGUCCACGAAGGAGGUGUUCCAGCUCAUGCCAUGCAUAUUCGAUCUCGUGGAGAGGGUGAAGAGCUGGCGACCGGCAAACUCUGCCCUCGGUGAAGCACACACGUCUUCCAUCGGCACUUCAACAACAUCUGGAGACAGGGGAUGCUCUGUUACGUCUACGACGAGCUCUGUCAAGUGA